CUGAAAAUGUAUCGUUGUUAAAACUAUGUACAUAAGCAAUUAAUUAAACGAUAAAUGUAUUUAAUCAGAUAUUACGUAUAUUAUAUUUAUAUGAAUAUUUGAGGGACUAAAUGUGCAAAACCGUUAAAUUCAACUGCUAACAAAAUUCUGUUUAUAUUGGCGCACUUAAUCAGUUCUCUCUUCAAGAAAUCAGUUGAAUGAAACAGAAAAAAACAGAGCAAAAUAAUGACUUUCAGUAUUCACGGUUGCUCCGCCGUAUUCCGCCACCCAUCUGCCACCGCCACCGCCACCAUAGCUGUCUUCUCCGGUGAAGAUUGCAGCAUCAAGAACGAUACUAAUGUCUCUCUGAAGAGAAAAUCUAUUUCACCGAUCUCUUCUCCUUCUGAACCAUCCCCGAAAAGGGACACUCUCAAUUCACCACCAUCCUCCGCCGCCAUUGCUGCUGCUAACAAUGGUACAGACCCAAUUUCACCAAUUACUUCACCAUCCGCUAAAAGGGUUACUCUCAAUUCACCACCACCCUCCACCGCCACUGCCAUUGCCGCCGAUAAGGAUGGUACAAACCCCAUUUCACCAAAAACUUCACCAUCCCCUGCUUUUUCACCCUUCUCCAAAAGGGUGUCUGAAAAAUCACCUUUUGCCACCACCAACGCCGCCGCUGCCACCGCUGCUGAUGCCACGGCGACGCCGCCACCGCUCCCGUUUUCAAGAUUCACGAAAACGCAGCCGUCAAAUAAUAACAAAACUCUGCGGCGAACACUAUCCGAACCGCCAAUUUUCAAUUCUUUUACUGAUUUCUGUCGUUACAUGAAUUCCCAGUCACCGGAAAACAGCAAGAACAAUCCAAUCUCUGUAAAAUCAACUCUUCGUAGAUCAACUUCUGAUCCCACUGCUGCAAAAAUUAUUCUUGCACCGGCACCGGCACCGGCAACUGCAACUCCGGCACUGACUUCAGGAACAGGGCAUGAAAAAACUACAAGAAGAAGCAAGAAGUGUUAAAAAGGUGGAAGCUGCUGAUAAAUUGGCUCUGCAUGAAGAUGGUUCAAGUCCAACAAGAAUUUUUCAUUAAUUUCAUACAAAAUAAUAUUCAUGGAUAUAUUUUACAUGUUAGUUUUAGUGAAAUAUAUUUUCCCUCUUUUUUUCUUUUUUUGUUCUUUUAAUUUGUUAAUAUCAUCUUAUAUGGGUGAUUUAGGAGCAUUUUGAUCAGGGUGUAUAUUGAUUCGAAAAAUAGACGAAUUGAAUUGAUUAAUAAAAAAAUGGAUUACAGACUCGUUUACAUUA